AUGUCCACUCAACAGAUCCAGAGAUGCAUUCGCGAUGUAUUAGGAAUCAACGAUGAUGAGGAAAACGAUUGGACUCAGGGGCAUAUGAAGAAGCUAAUGUCAGCAACAUCAACCCUAUACAAUACAUCGUUGAAUAAAGUUAUGUUGAAGCAAGGCGAAGAGACGGCAAGAUGUCAUUUGUGUGCCUAUAUAGCAGCCGAGAAGUUGGCCGAGAAACAUGUAAGAGAUCUUCAUUACUACCUGGACCGCGUGCCAUUAGAACCUAGAAAAGCUAGAAGUCUGCUGCAGCUCUUUCAACAGAACAUAUUUCAAUCUUCACCAGUAAAGAAUUUCAGUUGGACCCCUAGUCCCAAAAAGAGAAGAUCACCAAUAAAGGGCGGAGAUCGGUUUACAGCUAGAGAUCCCAAGGAAUUGAGGGAACAAUUGUUCGGCACACCGACGAAAGUCGAUGGUCAAUUGCCAUCUCCGGUCAAGGCACCACUUCCUAUGACCGAUAGUCCACUGAAAUCAAGUCCAACCAAAGCUAGAAGGAAAUUGGCUUUCGAAGAAGAUCUUUCGGAGGGUGAAGAAGAGUUCCAAACGCCAACGAGAAGAAAACGAGCUACUAAUGAGGCUGUUUCAUUGGCAGGUGGUUCAACAACAGAUGACGAAGGAUUUUCGGACCAUUCAUUCACAGAGGGUGAGGUUCGAGAAUCUCAGGACAGUGAACAGACAAGGACUAAGAAGCGUGCACAUGGGACAUCUCCCAAAAAGGAUGGCGUCAAGAAAGGACGUGGAAGGCCUAAAGGCCCAGCAUCUACAAGGCCAGAUAUAUGUCUACUGAGGAAAAGAUAUUACAAAGUCACACCGGCAGAAACAAUCGACCUGUGCAACCAGUUUGAGAUUCCAAAAGACGUGGCCUACAGCAUUUUGGACCAUUACAUGGCAUACGCAUCUUUCCUGGUGUGUCCAUGGCAACUGGUGUGUGGACUUGUAUUGAAUGCGACUCUCGUCGUCUUCACUGAGAGAAGACGUAAAGAUCCUAGAGUAGACCACCUAAUAUUUGAAAAGAUGGCAAGUAUUAUGAAAACUCCACAUACCGAAGACAUCAUAGAAACUUUAACGCUUGUCAAAGAGCUCGUUGAAGGAGAAAAGUGGUAUAGGGACCUGCAAGUAAAGCAUAACUGUUAUGAUGGUGCCUGUUAUGAGGAAGCCAUUUCGGCGAAACUGGGGUCCAUGCUUCAACCUAACAACAUUCUUGUUAGCGACGAGCAAUUGGCCAAUUGGAAGAGGAAAAUAGAGCAGGAUUUGUCACUAAGGGAUAUGCAAUGA